AUGGCGAUCUCUUUUCUCUGCCUUUGCCUCAUUACCCUCGUUUCAUUAAUCUUUCUCUUCAAAAAGAUUAAGAACUCUAAACGGAAUUUUCCUCCAAGCCCUCCCAAGUUUCCGGUCAUCGGAAACUUACACCAGAUCGGAGAAUUGCCUCACAGGUCACUUCAACGUCUCGCGGAAAGAUAUGGACCCGUGAUGCUUCUUCACUUUGGUUUUGUUCCUGUGGUUAUAGUCUCAUCAAGAGAAGCAGCUGAAGAAGUUCUUAAAACUCAUGACCUAGACUGUUGCAGCAGGCCUAACCUUGUCGGGACAAAGCUACUCUCGCGUGGUUUCAAAGAUAUCGGUUUUACGCCAUACGGUGAAGAGUGGAAGGAGCGGCGCAAGUUCGCGGUGCGUGAGCUUUUCUGCCUGAAAAAGGUUCAGUCUUUUAGGCACAUCAGAGAGGAAGAAUGUAACUUUCUGGUAAAGAAACUAUCGGAGGAUCCAUCUCCGGUUGAUUUGAGCAAAUCCCUUUUCUGGUUAACCGCAAGUAUCUUGUUUAGAGUUGCUCUAGGACAGAGUUUCCACGAGAGCAAGUUUCUUGAUAAAGAAGAUAUCGAAGAGCUCGUGUUCGAAGCCGAGACUGCCCUAGCUAGUUUCACUUGCUCUGAUUUCUUCCCUGUUGCCGGACUUGGAUGGCUCGUUGACUGGUUUUCCGGACAGCACAAGAGGCUCAACGAUGUUUUCUUCAAGCUUGAUGCUCUGUUUCAACAUGUGAUCGAUGAUCAUUUGAGUCCUGGAAGAUCAAAAGAUCACGAAGAUAUCAUUGAUUCAAUGUUGGACGUGAUUCAUAAGCAAGGCAACGAUGAUUCCUUACAUCUCUCAAUAGAUCACAUCAAAGGAUUUCUCUCGAAUAUAUUUCUUGCAGGGAUAGAUACAGGGGCCAUCACCAUGAUAUGGGCAAUGACAGAGCUCGCAAGAAACCCUAAAAUGAUGAAGAAAGUUCAAGGCGAGAUCCGAGACUGCCUUGGCAACAAUAAGGAGAGAAUCACCGAAGAAGACAUCGAUAAAGUUCCUUGCUUGAAGAUGGUAAUCAAAGAAACAUUCAGAUUACACCCUGCAGCUCCUCUUAUACUCCCAAGGGAAACAAUGGCUCACAUCAAAGUUCAAGGCUAUGAUAUUCCUCCCAAGAGACGAAUCUUGGUCAACGUUGGGGCUAUAGGGAGAGAUCCAAAACUCUGGACAGACCCGGAAGAGUUUAACCCGGAGAGGUUUUUAGGCAGCCCUGUGGAUUAUAGAGGACAUCAUUUUGAGCUCUUACCAUUUGGUUCUGGUCGAAGGAUAUGUCCAGGGAUGCCGAUGGGGAUCGCUACUGUUGAGUUGGGGCUCUUGAACUUACUUUACUUCUUUGAUUGGAGGAUUCCUGAUGGGAUGACACAUAAAGAUAUCGAUAUGGAAGAAGCUGGUACUCUUACAAUUGUCAAAAAAACACCUCUCAAGCUUGUUCCAGUUCGAGUUCACUGAUCAGAACAAAUUACAAACUUUAAAUAUGUUUGAAUAAAAACAUUAUGCAAGUCCCGUAAGCAUAAAUGUAUGAAAACUUUUCUUUUUA